CUUCCAUUAUAUUCACCUCCCCUCUAUAAAGAUCCAUCCAUGACCACCGUCGAGCCCUACCGACCACACCUUCUUUUCUCCUCCGAUGCGCCUUCAAAUGCCCGACAAUCCCGUUCCUCCUCCAGCACCGUAACGCGUCGAUUGAAUAUACCACCAGCCGCCCCAUCACCACCGCCGUUCGCGCGAAGAAACUCUCCGCCCCAGGAAACGAAUCUUCACGAUCACGUCCCGACCUUCGCAAUGGCUUCUUCCGGAUCGAGCCAAUGGCUCUUUACCGAUAAGGAGAUCCUCAACUCGCCCUCUGCCGCGCAUGGCGUCCCUCCAGAGCAUGAGCGCCUCUGUAGAGCGAAGGGGGCAGACUUUAUACUUCAUGCGGGAUGUAUCCUCAAGCUUCCUCAGCUUACCAUUGCCACGGCCAGCAUCUUCUUCCAGCGAUUUUACAUGCGCGCCAGUCUAGAUCCAAAGAGAGGUCACCAUCACUAUGUACGUUUCCCCCAGGCCCGCUUCCCAGCAUGACCUUUCUUUUGCGCCAGGAAAUUCCAUUUUGCGACCAUCCCGGGAAUCAGCUAUUGCCAACUACAUUUGCUGAUAUCCGGGUUUUAUACAGGUUAUCGCAGCUACUGCGCUCUUUCUUGCGACCAAAACCGAAGAAACGUGUCGCAAAACAAAGGAAAUCGUCAUCGCAUGCACCAAAACCGCGCAAAAGAACCCAAAUCUAAUGGUCGACGAGCAAUCUAGCGAAUAUUGGAGAUGGAGGGAUAACAUUCUUCUAUACGAGGAAAUGCUACUAGAGUUACUCACCUUUGACCUGGUACUGGAAUCGCCACAUAACACCUUGACUGGCUUUCUGAAAGAAUUUGGUUUACUUGGCACAAAUAACGAGCUGCGGAAUGCUGCCUGGUCGUUUCUGAACGAUGGAAGUCAUACUACUUUGUGUUUGUCGCUGACGUCGAGGGACAUCGCAAUCGCAGCUCUAUAUUUCGGUGUGCAAAUCGCCCAGAGCCAGAUUCCAGAUGACGAGCACGGGAAUCCUUGGUGGGAGAGAUUGGGUGGUACAGUCGCCAAUAUUGUGAAGGGAGUUACAAUUGUAAGAAAUUUCUACAUGGAAAACCCUCUUCGACGAAAGGCCAAUGAAUGGGAGAAAUCGCCCAUAUACAGAGCUGAGGAUAUAAACCGAAGCCGUCGAAGUCCAGAAAAAGAGACACCGAGUCCGAGUCGGUCGCAUUUGACGCGAAACGGAAGCCAGCAGGAGAGCCAAUCGAGUAAUACUGGCGUGAACGGCUUGAGUAAAUCUACCAAGCCGCCACAAACAAAUGGUGGGAUGGAGAGAUCAGCGAGCUUCAACGGACUCCCCAAAAAGGAAGAAGUAGACGAGGUAUCGCCAGACGUCAAGAGGGAAGCCAAAGAUGAGUCGAAGGACUUACUUCAUAAGGCGGAGAGAGGUUCAGGCUCAUCGGAUGCCGUUCUCAAAGAGGCAGCGAACGAGCCCACGACUCAUGUCUCUGAAGGUAUGUUAUCCCAAUUUAAUUCGACUUGCUUUUCAUUACUAAUUAAAUCAGAAAUUUCACAGCAAGGCACCAAACGAAAAGAAAGUCCCGGUUUAGAAGACACGCCAGCGAAAAGAGCCAAGACAAACUCCGAUGAAUCAAGUAACAGCAAUCAGGCAAAGGCGACCGCAAUGCCGAAAGAAGAGGGCGAAGAGAGUGAGGAAGGGGAAUUGGAAGAAUAAAUAUUUGGGAUUAUAGGCGAGGGUUAUUUGAUUUUGAUCUUCAGCGUGGAGUUUGGGGUGUUAUAUCCGUCAUUUUUGACGCAGGGAAAUGGGACUGCUAUGGAACGAGAUUGAAGCGUUAGGAUAGGGGAUUAGAAUUGUGUUCCUCUCUUGUAGUUUUACUGGAUUCGCCGGAUAUUCGACGAGAGCGGCUCGGCCUCUAGGCUUUACUUUGUGCGCGGGUCAAGUUUGCGUUUUAUUCAACUCGUCCAUCGAUGGGGUUUUUUCUUUCUCACAUUUUGUGUACUCUGGUAUUAGAUGAAAUGUCACUGUAGA